AUAUGUAAUACAAAAUUUCUAAAAUCAAUAAAACACAACAAUACAUCGAUUAAAGAUAAUAUGAGCUUUAGAGCUCACGUCAAACGCAAUUUGUCUUCGUCAGCGGCAGCGAGUACACUCUUUCAAUCCGAUUUGAUCUAUGUCACGGCCAAACAUGAGCCAACGAGCAAUUUCGUUAUAUCGCCAGUAGCCAUUCGCUCGCUACUGACCAUAAUCAGCAUCUCUGUCAUACGCGAGCCGCAUCGCGAACUGCUCGCGGCGAUGGGUUUGAAGAGCUCUCAUCAGGGCAUACAAGAGUUCAAAGCCUGUCGCAAUGCCAACAAGGACGAGUUUGUCUUCACCCAGCACAAUGCCAUCUAUGUGGAUAACCGUUUUGAGAUCGAUAUGGCAUUCCGCGUUACCUGCUUGGAACAAUUUCAAACUCGACCGGAGAAUAUCAACUUUGAGCUGCUGGAAGGCAUCACCCAUCACAUUAACACCUGGAUUAAUGAACAGACGGAAGACCAAAUAAGUACACGCAUUGCAGCUGACACAAUGGACGUACUGCAGCAUAACUUGCUCAUAAGCAUUGGCCGUUUCGAGAGCAAAUGGCGAAAGGCAUUCCCGAAGAAAUUUCUAACUAAAAGCGAUUUCUGGUUAACGCCAACCGAGAAGGUGGAGGUGCCCAUGAUGCACGACUACUGCGAAUUACCAUUCGGCGAGCUGGACGAGUUGAAGGCCACGGCACUUGUAUUACCUUACCGUAAUUUAAAUGUGAAGCUUAUCAUACUCAUACCUAAGGAGAUUGACGGUUUGCCGAAACUGGAAGAGCACCUGAAGCUGCAACGCGUCGAUAUUACCGUCUUGCCGUCGUUGUUAAAGGUGAAAAACGUGAAAUUGGGUAUGCCACGUGUCAAACUGGAGUCGAAUCUGCUCAUAAAUGAGAUAUUAAAGGAGCUUGGCAUAAAUGCGAUAUUCAACGAUUGUAUCGACUUUACACGCCUUCUAACGGCCUUCAACAUAACGAAGAUAUCGCAAAUAAGGCAUAUAGCCGCUAUUGAAAUCAACGACGAUGGCACCGGCGCAUCAUCCUCGAAAGUGUCGUUUCUACUGACCGAAAUCGAAAAGUGCACCGAAUUUGACAUCAAUCGGCCAUUCUUCUACGCUGUUAUGGACAACGAGCGCAUCUACUUUGGCGGCCAUAUUACGAACACGAAUAAUUUCAUAGGCAUGUAA